GCGCGCCUGUGUCGCGCGCUGCUUGGUGGGCAGUGCGCCGUCACGAGCUGAAGGUGUCAUGAAACGAAGAAAACUCACUUGCCGAGGGGAAGAGCACUGUUUAUAACAGCGCGUAUGGGAGCACAGGAGAAACUGGAUUAGUGGUUCAUACGAUUAAAAUGGCCAAAAACACAUCUCUUUAUUUUCGAAUUGUCGAGGGCAGAAACCUCCCGGCCAAAGACGUCUCCGGAACCAGUGAUCCAUACUGCAUUGUAAAAGUUGACAAUGAAGUUGUGGCCAGGACGGCCACUGUGUGGAAGAACCUUAAUCCUUUCUGGGGUGAAGAAUACACGUUGCAUCUCCCAAUGGGGUUUCAUUCCCUCUCUUUUCACGUUAUGGAUGAGGACACAAUUGGGCACGAUGAUGUUAUUGGAAAGAUUACGCUGACCAAAGAAGCCAUUGGAGCUCAAGCUAAAGGGCUAGACUGCUGGCUAAAUCUCACAAAGGUUGACCCUGAUGAAGAAGUCCAAGGAGAGAUCCAUCUGGGUCUGGAGCUGCUUAAAGAUACGGAGAAGAUCAGUCUGCGGUGUCAAGUCAUUGAAGCCAGAGACCUGGCUCCAAGAGACAUUUCUGGAACCUCUGAUCCCUUCACAAGAGUUAUUUUCAACAACCAUAGUGCAGAGACCUCGAUAAUCAAGAAGACCCGUUUUCCUCACUGGGGUGAGACGUUAGAGCUGGAGCUGGAUCCAGAAGAGUUGCGUGAGGAGGAGGGGACUGUUACUGUACAGGUCUGGGACUGGGACAUGGUGGGCAAGAAUGACUUUCUGGGAAAGGUGGAAAUCCCUUUUGCUUGUUUGCACAAGACACCUCAGUUAGAGGGCUGGUUUCGUUUACUGCCCUUGGGAAACAAUGAGGUUGAUGCUGGUGGCAAGCUGGGAGCCCUCCGUCUCAAGGUGCGUCUGGUGGAGGAUCAGAUCUUGCCAUCCAUGUACUAUCAGCCUCUCAUCGACCUUCUGGUUGAGUCGGUAAUCUCUCCUACAGAGGUGGAGGAUAGCAGCGCUCUGACUAUGCUGGAGGAGGUCACCACAGUUGAGAGCAGACAGGACGUGGCAAUGACUUUGGUGAAAAUCUACCUGGGACAAGGACUGGUGGUACCCUUCCUGGACUACCUUAACACCCGGGAGGUCAACCACACCACUGAUCCUAACACCUUAUUUCGAUCAAACUCACUUGCCUCCAAAGCCAUGGAACAAUUCAUGAAGGCUGUUGGCAUGCUGUAUCUGCAUGAGGUGUUGAAGCCCAUCAUCAACCGCAUCUUUGAUGAGAAAAAGUACAUUGAACUUGACCCAUGUAAGAUCGACCUGAACCGCACAAGAAGGAUUUCAUUCAAGGGUGCAGUGUCAGAGGCAGAGGUGCGGGACAGCAGCGUGGAGAUGCUGCAGAGCUAUUUGACCAGCAUCAUCGAAUCAAUCGUGAGCUCAGUCGAUCAGUGUCCUCCUGUAAUGAGAGUGGCCUUCAAACAGCUGCACAAGAGAGUGGAGGAGCAAUUUACCGAGCCUGAGAAUGAGGAUGUGAAGUACCUGGCCAUCAGUGGAUUCUUUUUCCUGCGUUUUUUUGCUCCUGCAAUCCUCACACCUAAGCUGUUUCAGCUGAGAGACCAGCAUGCUGACACGCGUACAAGCAGAACACUGUUACUACUAGCCAAGGCACUACAAAGUGUUGGGAACUUGGGACUUCAGCUGGGCCACGGAAAAGAACAGUGGAUGGCGCCUCUUCAUCCCAUCAUCCUUCGCAGUGUGGCUUCUGUCAAGGACUUCCUGGACAAGUUAAUUGACAUAGAUCAUGACACUGCGUCUGAAGUGCCUCAGAGGGCUGUGUUCACGGCUUCAGUCACAGUCAAAGAGGGGUUUCUCCACAAACACAAAGCAGAAGGACCCCAACUGUUAUCCCGCUUUGCAUUUAAGAAACGCUACUUCUGGUUGACGAGUGAGACGCUGUCUUAUGCCAAGACUCCUGACUGGCAGGUGCGCUCUUCAAUUCCUAUUCAGUGUGUGUGCGCCGUGGAGAGGGUGGAUGAAAAUGCUUUUCAGCAGCAGAAUGUAAUGCAGGUCAUCACCCAGGACAACGACGGACAGCUGCACACCACGUACAUCCAGUGCAAGAAUGUAAAUGAGCUGAACCAGUGGCUGUCUGCGAUCAGGAAAGUCAGCAUCUACAAUGAGCGCAUGCUGCCCUCUUUUCACCCGGGGGUUCAUCGCAGUGGCAAGUGGACCUGCUGCCUGCAGGCCGACCGAGCUGUUGCAGGCUGCAGUAGAACCCACUCAGCUGUGACACUUGGUGACUGGAGUGACCCGCUGGAUCCCGACGUGGAGACUCAGACGAUAUACAAGCAGCUUCUGCAGGGCAAAGACAAACUCAGGAACAAAUAUCUGGAGAUGCCGGAUGAUGAUGAGACAGCGUGCAAUAAAGAAAAGAAGACGAAUGUGGACGUUCACCCAGAUGGUGCUGAAUGCACUGUUCAGCAAAUGAAGCCAUGUCAGGGCAUCGCUGCUCGGCUGUUGGUGGUGAUAGAGGACCUGGAGCAGGCUCACGCUACCUUCCAGCGCAGAGAAAAGGAGGACGUCACCAGUGUUAUUAUGAAUCCCUAGAGUUCACAUGUGAACUGGGAGCCUUUAAUGCAUCAAGGCGGGUUAGGGGUGGGGAGUGGAAGGGCAGCAUCCUGUACCAACACAAGUGAAAAUCAGCUAACCCACUCUCUUGAUUGUCAUGGAGAAAAAAUUGGCUGUGUGGUGCCACCUCUUCCAGCCUUUUAGUACAUUUCCUCCUGGCUGUAAAGAGCAGAGGGAAUUCUGCCACUUUAAUCUUUUUGAUUCUCCGAGUGCCACCGACAAGAGCGCCGCAGGAAGAUUAUGAUACUUGACAAAAAGGAGGUGGGGAGGGGUGGAGGGACUUUGAAGCAUGAUCUGACUUGAUAUUUUUUAUGUAGAUAAUAAGCAAUCUGUUGCAUGGCCCACAUCCACUUGUUGUGAAAUGUGAAAAGAAGCUUUUAUAUUUUGAGAUACUGUACAGGACCCGAGUCACACAUUUAUAUGCAAAAAGCUUGUUUUAGUGUAACCUACAGUACCUGAAUGUAAGGUGUUUUGAUAUUGCUGUUAUUAUUAUAAAUGCUUUGUAUUUUUAUUGAGGCAAACUAUCACCAUGGCCGCAAUGUAGCAGUGACAAUAACAUUAUAAGUUAUUCCACAGUGUGACGCCGCUUGUAAAGUGAGCAAAACUCAGAUUUUAAUUGUUGCUUCAGUCCCUUUACACAAAACAUCCGCUUUGGUUUGGUGCUACGGCCAGUCAACGUAAAUGUUGGGUUCUGAUGUAAUUCACAUUUUUAUAAUGCCAUUCCUAAGAUGGGUAAUAUUUACCUGGUUAUUAUAUAAUAUCCAUACAUGGACAAAUUUUAUUUGAAAAAGAGGGGAAUUAACAAUCAUGAGACACUCCCGUUUGCUAAGUUGACAGUUUCAGAGAUUUUUGUACCACUGCAUUGGUUUCAUGUGUUUGAGAUGCCAAAUCUGCUUUUAGGAGUUUUAAAGAAAAAAUACACAUGUGGGGAAUUUUGAUCAUUUUCCAUAGAGAAAGUAGUGUUCAGUGUCCGUCUAUUAAACAAUAUUCAGUUGAAUAAAAUCCGAUCUGAGAUCAUCAGGCAUUCUUCUCACCCUCAAGCUUAACACUCUAAAACACAUGGCAGACAUUACAUUCAGCAUCCUGUAUUGAGAUGGUUAUUACGAGUGUGUUGGUGUUUGCAGCUUUCCACAUUUUUCUUUUAUUACUCUGCUGCUCGAGUCAUAACAAGAGUAGGCAUGAGUGGAACAUUGUGUUCUCUUGAAUGGGGACUCUUGUUAUGAAAAAGAAAAGAAAGGGGAAAAAAACCCCGCCUGUACCUUAUUUUGCAAAUUCAUCAUAAUGGUUUGUUCCAAGUGGGUUGUUACUGUGAACACAAUUGUAUUAUUCAAUAAACUCCGCUGAAGAAAUCAAAGGAGAUGGUGUCAAAUUUGUGCCCAGAAAAAAACGAGACUGACACUUUUUUCUUUACA